AUGACUCUCUACAACUCAGAUGCAGCUGCUUUGGAAGCUGCAGGGAAGAAGGAGGUAUUGAAGAGAGAAUGGAACUUUUGGGCCCUGCUUGGGAUGUCGGCAUGCACGCUCUGCACCUGGGAAGCAACGAGUGCCUUGUUCGCAGGUGCUUUCCUCAAUGGAGGUCCAGCUUCAGUGGUUUAUGGUUUCAUCGUCUCGGUGCUGGGGACUCUUUGCAUCGCCGGCUCAUUGGCGGAGAUGGCUUCAAUCUCGCCUAUUGCCGGCGCACAAUAUCACUGGAGCGCUGAGCAUUCUCCCAUAAGAUGGCGAGCGUUGAUCUCCUAUAUACAGGGCUGGGUGACCGUUACCGGAUGGGUCGCAGCUGUGGCAUCGGUAUGCUUCCUGAUCGCCACCAUGAUCCAAGGUGUGGCAGUUCUCAACUAUUCUUCCUACACACCAGAGAGGUGGCAUGCCAGCCUUAUGAUGAUCGCUGCGGCAUUUCUUGGAGCUCUCGGAAACACUGUCGGCAAGAAGUUUCUUCCUCUGUGGGAGACCUUGGGCGGCAGUCUCCACGUUUUGUUCUUCUUCAUUGUCACGAUCGGGAUCUUGGCUACUGGGGACAAGACAAACAAUCACGACGUCUGGGGCACUUUCAUCAAUGCUGGUGGGUGGUCGAGCGACGGAGUCAGCUUCUGCCUCGGCUUUCUCACUCCUGCUUUCGCUUUGGCUGGAGUAGACGCCGUUGUGCACAUGUCCGAAGAAGCACAUAAUGCUCCGCUCAACGUCCCUCGUGCAAUGAUCUGGUCGGUCAUCAUCAAUGGCUUGGCCGGAUUUGCCUAUAUUCUUACCAUCCUUUACAGCAUCACCGAUGUCGACGCAGUAUUCGAAACUCCAACGGGAUUUCCAAUUAUUGCUGUUUUCCUUCAAGCCACAGGCAACCAGAGAGCGGCAACUGCAAUGAUGACUGCAGUUAUCCUUGUUUUCUCGAUGAAUCUCUUCGGAUGCAUGGCCUCAGUCUCAAGGUUAAUCUGGGCCUUCUCUCGCGAUCACGGCUUGCCUUUCUCAGGGUUUUUCUCCAAGAUAUCUUCCCAGAGCAGAUGCCCGACGAACGCCGUUGUGUCAUUGACAGUCGCAGUUUCGCUCCUCUCACUUAUCAAUAUCGGCUCAACUACAGCCUUUAAUGCCCUCAUCUCACUUACAACGCUGGGGUUCUAUUUCUCCUACGCAAUUCCCACCAUCUUAUUUGCCAUGCGCCGCUUCGACCACCGAAAUCCUAUUCAUUUUGGCCCUUGGACAUUGGGCAAGAUCGGCCUUCCAGUCAACAUCGUGGCCGUGGCUUUCUGUAUCUUCCUCAUCAUAUUCUUGCCCUUCCCACCCAUGCUUCCAGUCACCGGAUUGAACAUGAAUUAUGCCUCACCUGUUUUUGUUGCCGUCAUGGCGUUUGCUGUCAUCAAUUACUACGUUCGUGCCCGUAAGCGAUUUACAGGACCGAUCAAGGAGGUGGCCAGCGAAACCAGCAGUGAGCAAGACUUGGAGCACGAAUCCAUCACCCCCGAGAAACACUUACCGUCAUUAUGA